CUCGAGUUAGGGGAAAGAAUCGCGCAAAAAAACGUUUCUUUGACGCGGUAUUCAAGGACUGUGGCUCUAUCUCUUUUUUUUUUUUUUCCGUUUUGGCCGCAGAUGCUGACUAGAAAUUGGGAUCUCGGUUUGCGUGCAUUGGUCCGUCAGUCCGCUGCUGAUCAGAUCUCUUUUUGCGGCUUUUUGUCUCUUGGCUCCAUUCAGCUUGCACUCUUACAUUGGUUUGUUGAUGUCAACGGGCCCGUGCAGGUCUUGAAAGCCGUCAGCGAGCUGGAACUCCAGCGGAAAGCCAUGGAAGAAAGACCAGGUACGGAAUUGGCAGAGAGGACAAAGCGAUUGCGGCAAUUAUGUUUUAAGGCUUCCUACAAGAAGAGGAGAAUGCAGCAAGCAGCCUCGGCGCAGGCAGUGGCAAAUGCUGCGGCACAUGCAGCUGCAGCUGCUGCUGUAGCUGCGUCUUCAACUCUAGUCCACAACUCGCAAGAUGCCAGCUUGGAAGGUCGGGAAGAGGAUUCUCCAUGUGCAGAGAAGGUCGGGAAGAGGAUUCUCAGAACUCGUCAAAAUAUAUAUGUCAUCCAACUGUUCGACCAGUUCACAAUUUACAAAAGCGAAUUUAAGAGAUCAUGGCGGAGACCUGGAGAAGAAGAGGGUGCAAACAAUGCUGGUAGGAGUGCAGAAGAGGGGGAGAGUAUGUACGUGAGAGGAGAUGGAGAUGGAAGCAGAGGUACCUGCGGCAAUUAUAUAUCGUCUGUGCGCUCGGCGGGUCACCGGGUGCAUGUCGAUUGUGUGGGAGAGUAAACCGACGAGGGGAGAGGAGGGCAAGGAUGGGAGAAGCAGAAAGGGGUAAAAGAGAACACGAGGCAUAGAUGGAGGACGUAUCUGCUUCGUCCUCUACCUGAGGUAAUUAUGGGUGCCUUAAUGAAUGCGUCGAAUGGGAAUGGCAGAGGAGGGGAGGGGAGGAGUUAGGACUCUUGGGAGAGAAGGCAAAAAGGAGGGGAGGAUGAUGAGCUGGACGGGUUAAGGACCUUAAGGUGGGAGUCGGACUCUCGGGGAAUUCUGGAUGGCUGAUUCCAUUACCGAGGACCGGCAGAGGGAUGGAGUGAAGAGUAGAGGGGAAGACCUCCUCUCUACGACACCAUGGCGAGUCGGCCACCACGCCAUAUUAACAGAGACUCUGGCGCUCUCAGAAGUGUGAGCCUUUUGAAUCACAUGAGAACGGUGACAUGGAGAGCAAGGCCACCUUGUCAAAGCACCCCUAAGUGAAAGCACAGACAGCCGUGCAUAGCACAACAGGAUGGGACAGAUUCGCACAAGAGGACAUGGCGGAAAGGAGGAAUGAGGUGGAGGGGUUGGUUGGUAGCCUGGCAAAGAUACGUCAGACAGUGUACUCAGGUAAUUAUGGGUGUGUAUGAUUGUGCGGUUGCCGUGAGGCAAAGUAGAGAGGGGAGGAGAGGCGGCGACGCCGACAAGAGGAGAGGAGAGGAGAGAGAGACAAUAUUAGGGCUAAGAGUUGGUUGAGAAUAGGGGGAAAGUUGCUUCUCUGUCAAUGGCUUAUACUUGUCAGGCAAGCGAAAGGAGUCAAUGUUGAUUCACAAAGUCCAAGACUCCGCGGUGCUGUCUGUGUUUGAGAUUAGUGUGCAAUUGUAUAGUCGAAACAAGCAAAGGUUUUUCAGAAAUUUACCAUCCAGUAGGGUACAUGGUGGAGGCGCGGUUCAUCUCUUACCUGCACAAAGUUGAAAGUCCUGCAGCUCCUGCCUGCAUGUGUGUAAAGGGUUUGGACCUGCGGGAGGGGCGACGACACCAUCGACACGUGGACGUCAGACGAAGAGACUUUAGACUGAUGGUGAUGGCGAUGACAAGAGCAGUCUGGUCUGCAUCUUCUGCAAGCUGUUCGCUCUGUUCACUGAGUUCACUGAGUUCGCCAAGCUCGUUGAGUUCAUUGAGUCUGCCGAGCUCAUUGAGUUCCCUGAGUUUGUUGAGUUUGUUGAACGAACUUGGAGAAGAAUGCGGAAGGAGAGACUGAUGAUUUCAGCCUUUCAGGCCGUACCAUGGAGAAGGUAGGCAGGGUCAUUCGACUUCAUUGCGAGGAAUUGCUCUCUGAUGAUUGCUGCUGAGUUUAUGAAUGACUCACUGAGUCGCUGAUGUUUCUCACCAUCGCCAGGGCGGCUAAUCAAGGAACUUAGAGGGGAGAAUGUGAAUGAACAGCUUUGAGGAAG